AUGCUUGUUGCAACAAGAGGUGGCUAUUCUCUCCAAAUUAAAACCAUUCCAUUAACUCCAUCAUCAUCCUCACCUUCUCCCAUUCAAGUCAUCCAAACCUCUCUGUAUGGACAUGAAAGGCUCUCUCCUGGUGUUCCUCUGCAAUGGAUCAGCACUAGAAAGCAACCCAUGCAACAUCAGGUACCUCUCGUGAAAUUACAUUCCCGUAUUCAAUACCAACAAAUCAUCGGAUUUGGCUGUGCAUUAACGGAGGCUGCAGGCUUUACGUUCGCCACCAUGAAUGAUCAAAACAAGCAAAAAAUUCUAGACUUGUAUUGGACUGAAAAGGGUUUGAAUUAUACAUUGGCUCGAAUUCAUAUGAACUCGUGUGAUUUUAGUUUGGAUAAUUAUUCGUGUGAUGAUGUCGAUGGUGAUUAUGAAUUGGUGAAUUUUAAUAUUAGACGAGACAAGUUAUUCACUCUUCCUCUCAUUAAGAAAGUGCUCAAUCAAGUGAAAACUGUUUAUCCUAAUAAGGGUGGGGGAUUCAAAAUCUUCUUAUCUCCUUGGUCUCCUCCUGCAUGGAUGAAAUACAACAAACAAAUGGAUGGUAGUGCUCAACCCAAUGGUUUGAUCAAUUCGACACAAACUAUGAGUGCAUGGGCAUUGCAUUUCUCAAAAUUUGUAACAGCCUACAAGAAAGAAGGUAUUGAUCGAAUGUGGGGUCUCACUGUUCAAAACGAACCUGAAUUUGCUGCUCCAUGGGACGCUUGUUGUUAUACUCCAGAUUAUCAAGCUUUUUUCAUUUCUAAUUAUUUAGGACCUCGUCUUAAGGCGGAUCAUCCAGAAUUGAAAAUUAUGAUUUAUGAUCAUAAUCGUGACCAUGUCGAGAAGUGGGCCCAAAGCAUCUAUUCAAAUCCUAAAGCUGCACAAUACGUGGAUGGAAUGGCUUUCCAUUGGUAUGUCGAUGAGGAGUAUGAAAAUUUGUCACGUGCCUAUCGUGUAAAUACUCAAAAAUUCCUAUUGGCCACAGAAGCCUGUUGGGAUCAUGGUGUUUCGCUUGGAAAUUGGUCACGAGGAGAAAAGUAUGGUUAUGACAUUAUCAAUGAUUUGAACAAUUACGCAAGUGGUUGGACAGAUUGGAAUUGUAUUUUGGAUUACCGCGGUGGACCAAAUCAUUUGCAAAAUUUCUGUGACGCGCCAAUCAUUGCUGAUAACAGAACCCAGGAAAUUCAUAUUCAACCAACAUAUUAUUAUUUUGGUCACUUCUCGAAAUUCAUUACUCAAGGAUCAAGAAGAAUUCAUUUCGAGCAAUUAAUUUCUGAUGGCAAACAGAAAUUGGACAAGGCUCUUCUUCUCACCUCAUUCAAAACUCCAGAUAAUAAGAUUGUUACAGUAGUUCAAAAUAAGGAAGAAUAUCAUUUGAAUUUUUAUUUGGUGGAUACUGAUGUGUACGGAGAGGAAUAUUAUGCGUUCAUUGAGGUACCUCCAAGAGCAAUCAAAACUUUGAUUUACAAGUAUUAG